GUUCGAGUCAUUGCUCAGCAGGAAAGUUAUGGCAACCAUGGAUUGACACUUUUAUUACAAAAUGGCUACGUACAGAAAACAACAUUGUGGCGAGACACUUUGAUAAGGCUUGUUGAGGAUUAGAAAACAACUGCCGAUGGAAAGGAAAAUGUGACUGAAUUAUCCACUCAUAUGAGCACAGCAAUUGACUUGCUGCAUCUUGCUUUAAGGAUUCAGAAGUUUACAGCAUGCUGCUUUUCAGACACGUCCUUUAGUUAAAUCUUUCUUAAAAGCCUAGAGGAAGCCAAGUAAAACUACAAGACCUGCAAAGUGCGUGGAAGGAACAAACCAGGAAAUUCCCACAGAGUUCUUCCUUUGCAUCAAAUAUACACGACUGAGACUCAAUCAAAACAUAAGUUCAAGAACUAAAGAGUGA